AUGAAUCCUCGCCCUUCUCGCUCAUUCCUCCUCUUCCUCAUAUGUGUUGUCCUGAACACUGUUCUAUGUACAGCUGCUGAUGAGCCAGCCUGGAAUGGUCAUACUCCUCCUGGAUCAAACACACCGAAGCCUUUCACUCCCUACUACGUUGCUCCUGGUGCUAAAGGAUACUCUUCUUCUUCUCCGUUCAUCCAAUAUAAAGGCGACUGGCAAAUAGUCUAUUCUCCCAACUUCAAUCACAAGGCAGUUCACUGUACAUGUCAAAAGCAAGCUAUUUUUUCGUUCUCCUUCAAUGGUACUGGUGUGGAAUGGUUCGGCAACUGCGAUAAACGCCAUGGGACCGCCUCGGUAUAUAUAGACAAGAACCUCGCUGGCGUGGUCAAUACUUACUGCAAUACUACCUCUCUGAGACUUAACCAACGACAAUUCUCUACGUUCAGUCUGCAACCUGGCUUCCACCGCUUAGUUAUAGAAAAUUCGGGAGAGGGUUGCAUUGACUUGAACGAUAUUGUUGUUACUCGCGUUGAACAGCCCUCGCGUCAUGCUCUCCGUCGCCAGUUUCACCGUCGUUCCUCAGCUUCUGAUUGGACUCUUGAAGUGGAUGGAUCUACCGGAGUCAAUGCCAUGCAACUCGCUGUAAUAUCCGAAACGCACGCCAUUGUUAUCGACAAGGUUGAGCACAAUCCUCUUACGAUCAACGGUCACCCGGCUUGGGCGAGUCUUUUUGAACUCAAAACUCGACAAGUAACGCCCCUCGAAAUGCAAUCCAACUCUUUCUGCGCUGGAGGAUCAUUCCUUAGCAACGGGACUUUGAUCAACGUUGGCGGAAACCCCGUCGUUGCAGACCAUACUUCCGCCGCAGAUUUUGGCGACAAGGAUGGGUUGCAAGCGAUUCGAAUUAUAGAGCCUUGCGACGACGAUGGACAUUGUUCAAUACGUAUCUCUGAAUUCCAUGAUUCAGUGAGAAUGGCAAGCCCUCGAUGGUACAACACAGUUCUUCGGAUUGAUGACGGUAGCGCUAUGAUCAUCGGUGGUUCUAAGAAGGGUGGAUGGAUUAACAACGAUACGGUCAACAACCCUACCUACGAAUAUUAUCCUCCAAAAGACAUCCAUGGAUCCAACGGCAUGCCUAUUAAUUCUCCUUUCCUCAAAGAUACUUUGAACUCGAACCUCUUCCCAAUCGCGUUCUCGCUACCCGACGGCCGAGUCUUCCUUGCUGCAAACAACGAUGCAAUGAUUUAUGAUUGGAAGACUGAUACUGAGGAAAGGCUGCCUCCCAUCCCCAACGGCGUCCGUGUGACAUAUCCAAUGACUGGAACUGGCCUGUUGCUCCCUCUUUCGUCUGGCAACAACUACACUCCAGAGGUUCUACUUUGCGGAGGCUCCACGGUGGACGAUAAGAAACCAGGUUCCCAAAUUUCCUCUCAAGAUCCUGCCUCCUCUCAGUGCUCUCGUAUGGUCUUGACUAAGGAAGGUAUUCAAGCCGGAUGGGAGGUCGAUCACAUGCCUGAUGCGCGGCUCAUGCCUGACGCAGUCCUUCUUCCAACUGGUCAAAUUAUCAUCGUCAACGGUGCAGGUUCUGGCAUCUCUGGUUAUGGCAACGUCGUUAAUCAAGUCGGGGUAUCCAAUGCUGCUAAUCCUGUUUUGACUCCCGUUCUUUAUAACCUUUCUGCUGAUCUCGGUAGCCGAUUCAAUUCGCAGGGUAUGCCCUCGAGCAGCAUACCUCGCUUGUAUCAUAGCGUCGCUACACUUACUCCUGACGCAAGCAUCAUGAUCGCGGGAAGUAAUCCCAACCUUGAUCGUAGUGAGAUUGAAUAUGGGACUGAAUAUAGGGUGGAGUGGUUGAGUCCACCUUAUAUGCGUGGUGCGCGGCCAGAAAUCAGGAAGCACAAGGGGAACGUUGGAUUCAAGGAAACGUCAAGCAUAGACGUGAACCGGUUAAAGUCGGAUAGCGAUUUGAAAUUGGUUCUCAUGGAUCUAGGUUUCGUCACGCACUCAGUCCACUCGAAUUCUCGAAUGGUCUAUCUCGAUAUACACCGCAUAUCAGGAAAUACACUUUCUUUCGAAGGUCCACCCAGCGGCGGUGUGUACCCUCCUGGACCGGCAUUCAUGUUUCUUGUGGAAGAUGGCGUUCCUAGCGAAGGAGUGAAGGUUAUGGUUGGGGACGGUAAUAGUCCAGAGGUCAAUCAGAAGGCCAUUGAAAAUGUGUUGAAAUCUACUCAACCCGACCAAUACGAAAAGUCCAAAGGAAACCAAGGCUCUAAUGAUGAUGACUCAGAGUAG